UGUCACUACGAGUAAGCUUUAGUAAAUUUCUAAUAUCAGAUUUCAGUCAAAUAAUAAUUGCUAUUUCUAUUACUUCCCAAACGUUUAAAAAUAUCUACAAGAUGGUGUUUACUAUUAAAUUUUUUUUACUAAUUCUUCUGUAAGUUUCUAGGAUAUCAAAUACUAAAAUAAUACUUAUAAUUAAGAAAAUUAAAAUCCUCCUAUAUUAUUUGAGCAAGCUUCAAAUAUUUAAAUGAAUAAUCUCUUUAUUAAAAAUAAUACAUUAAAAUAAUCAGUUAUUAUCUAAAUUAAUUAGAUUUCUAAUGUGGCAAUUACAAAUUCCUUUUUUAGUUAAAACCAAAUUCAAUCUUGUAUUUUAUCAUCAAAUGGAGACUAAAUAGUGAUAAAAAAUACUAAUUUUACAAAUAACAAAUCAUAUGGCUCUGGAACAGGUUUUAAUUUGAAUAAUUUUAAUUUAACCAAUUCAAAUUUAAUGAUCGAUUGUCAUUUUUCUGAAAAUAUAUCUUAAGAUGAAGGAGGUGCUAUUCUUUUAUAAAAUGUAGAUAUUGACAUUUAAAAUUCAAGUUUUCUUAAUAAUACCUCUUCAAUUGGAGGAGCAAUUAGGUAUAAGGAAUAUAUCCCAAGUUUUGUUAAAAAUAUCAAAAGUACCAGAAAUUUAUAAUCAUAGAAAUCAAUUAUUUUUAAAGGAAAUCGUGCUAAAAUAUUUGGACAAAAUAUAGGAUCUUAUCCAUAUAAAAUAGUGUUAAAAGAAGAUUUAUCUCGUGACUUAGAAUAAUAUGUUUUUGAAAACUACAGAAGUGGUGAUAAUAAUUUCUCUAUAAAAUUAAUCCUUUUAGAUGAAGAAUAUAACCCAGUUAAAGUAAGCAGUAAAGAUAUUGGCUAUUCUUUAAAAAUAUAAAAUGAGAUAAAAACAUAUCAAUUGCAGCUAAUUUCUUUGAAUUUAACAGAAUUAGAAAUAAAAGACAAUACUUAAUUUCAAUAUAUAUAGAGUGGCCAAGAUUAUUUAUUUAAUUUAAAAGGUAUGUAAUUGCUUGGUACUCCAUCUAAAAAAGUCAAAUUUGAAAUUUAAGCAUUUUUUAUGUAAAAAAUUUCUGGAAAUUAAAUUUUAAUUGGUUAAAAGAUUUAUGAUGUCUAUGUUAGUUUUAGAAAAUGUGAAGUAGGAGAAAUUUAUGUAAAAAUUUCAGACACAAAAUAUGAAUGUUCUCCUUGUGGUGACAAAUUUUAUUCAUUACAAAAUCCUAUAAAAGAUUCUAAUUAAGCAUGUAAGUCUUGUCCUGAAGAAGGAGCAGUAAGCUGCAUCAACAGUAAAAUUAUUUUAUAAAGUGGGUAUUGGAGGAAUAAUAACUUUAGUGAUAUAAUUAUCAAAUGUGCAAAUAGACCAGAAAAUUGCCAUGGAAAAGAAUAAGACGGAUUUUGUGUUGAAGGUUAUAUAGGACCUCUUUGUGAGGUUUGCGAUAGCUAUGGAGUUGUUUGGGGGAAAAAAUAUGGUUAUUUAGGAAACUAUUUAUGUAAUUAAUGUAAUUAGCCAGCUAGCAUAAUUUUAAAACAACUGAUACAUUUCUUACUAAUUUCAGCAUAUUUGAUAUAUUCUAUUCAAAAGUCAAUAGAUGUUGCUUCUAAAUAAAUUAUAUGCUAAACAUUAAGAAGACUUAAUGUAAUAAUUAUAGGUAAGACUGGUGAAAAAGAUUAGAUUUCUUUUUAUAUCAAACUUUUCAUCAACUAUGUAUAAGUCACAUCAAUAAUCUAAAAUUCGAUUUUCAAGUUUUUUGAUAUUACAUUUAUAGACAUUUCAAGUAUAUUUGGUAGCCCUUCGUCUUAUCUUAGUAACUCACUAGAUUGCUUUUUUUCUUAAACAAAUAUUUUACCUAUAGAAUACCUUAGAGGUAUUUGGGUGUCUAUCUAACCAUUUUUCUAUAUUUUGGUAGCAAUUGUAUUGUUUACAUUAAGUACUUACAUAUUUGGAUUUAUAGCUUUUUAAUGUAACACUGCUACUUAACUUGUUUUAAUUAUGUCAUGCUCUUAAAUCGGUGAUGUAUAUUAUAUUAAAUCUUAGUUGAACAAAGAAUGCUAUACCUAGGAGCACUUAAAAUACACUCUUUAUUUCAUAUUACCUUUAUUUUUGUUUUGGGUAAUUAUAAUCACAUUAUUCAUUUUAUGGAGAAUAAGAAUCAAAAGAAAUAAAUUAACAGAGCCAAUAUAGCUUUAUAAAUAUGGAUUCAUUUGCGGAGAUUAUAAAACAGAAUACUUCUAUUGGGAAUUUCUGAGGAUUCUUUUAAGGCUUAGCAUAGUGCUA